AUUUGUUCUAUGAUUUAUCCUUGUGCUUCCUCCAACUAUCUGCAGAAAUGAGUGAAAAAGACUCUCUAGCGAACCAGGAGAUUCCAGCUGUUAUUCGUGCCCUUGGGACAUUGGCACUGGCUGCUGCCACUGCGGUGGUCAUCAAGUGGUUUACGUCACAUGAAAAUAACGAGGAAAAGCUACUAGGAGAUGGUGAACCCAAUUUGCAAACACAGCUUGAAGCAAUACCCCAUGAGGACCAGUGCAAUAGCAAUGGACCUAACUUUCUCGAUGCUACAACUGCAAAAAACAUCUCAGUACUAAAGGUCAGUGACGAGGUUGAGGGCAUUAGCUCAAGCUAUCCUAACGACAACGAGCAUGGGCUAAAGAUAAAACUUUUUGGGAACAAUUGCCAUUGUCAAGAAAGUUCUCUAGACACAAGCAAUGCUGAAGAGAAAGAUGGGCGGGUAGCAAAGAACAAUUGUGCAGAUGCUUCAUCAGGUACAUGUGAGCAUAUGUGCAGUAAUAAAAACAAUAUUGCUGCUUGUCACUGUGACUUUUUUGCUAACGAUGAACAUGUCCGAAAGACAGAACUGUCUGCAUUAUUCAAAGGUGUUAAUAUAAAUGAUGCAUGGGAUUUGACUAGUUGCUACAUACAAGAAAGGCAUAAUGAAUCACCUUGUGAAAGAUUACGCAGUUUAGGUGAACAUGGCAACCGCUUGGGAACAGGAAAGUCAAGUAACAUAGACGAGCAGAUAUAUGAUGUAACCUGCAAAUCUAAAGGGAGUAAAGUACAAAGUCAUGGCAACGUUUCCCCUGUGCAGACUCAACAACAGAGAAACAUGGGACUGCAGCAAGAGAUAUUUGCUUCUGAUUCAGACAGAACAGCAGAUGGAGUGUUAGCCUGUUUUUUCACACUUAACAAAAAUGAUUCAGAGUCUGAAACAGAGAAACUAGUUGAUACUUUGCAACUGGAAAAUGCAUGCAAUGACCAAGAUUGCAGUAGGAUGGUGUUUAGUGGUCAGGACUCAGUCUGUAAUUGUGCGGAAACCAAGAAUUUAAACGUGUCAAAAUGUGAGAACCACCAGAGUAAUGAUAGAAUAUUAAUUAAUUGUAAAGAAUUGAGAGAUGACCUGUCAACAACUGCUGUGGCCCCAUUGGUGGUAGAAACCAUGGCAAAUGACAACUGCAUCAGUAAUACAGAUUGUUUUCAAAAUAGCAUUACAAAUGAUCAGAUGCCGUAUUCAAUAAACGGAGAUUCAAUGUUGUCUAAUGACACUGAUAGCUAUAAAGACAUUUGGAAAACUGAAAGCUAUGGCACCCAAGAUAAAAGGUCUUUGGAAUACCCGCCACAUAAUGUCCUAGAAUAUGAAAUACAGGAACAAACACAAGCAAUAUUUCAAAAUGAAAGUUCUGUGAGUGCUCCUCGUCAACAACUGUCCAAUCAGGGAAACAAUAUUGAAAAGACAAAUAGUGGGACACCACUGGAAAUUUAUUGUACGGAGCCAAUCAUAAAAUGUAUCAGCAAUAAAGAAGAUAACUGCAUAGAAAUUGCCCAAAUAAUGCCAUUGUACAGUUCCUGCACAGCCCAGUCUGUGGGCCCUGCAUCCAACACUACUAUACAGAACAUCAAAACAAGCCUAAAAAUCAAUGAUACUUGCCGUCAUAACAGCAAACAUGUAAUACAUUCAUCAGUAGAAUACAGUGGUACCACAACAUACCAUGUUAAAUACAGUGAUAACCUUGACAUGGAACCAACAUCUCUUUUAGAGAUGACAUAUGCUGAAAUUUGCUCCACAGAAUCCAGAAGUAUGGAUUAUUCUGUACACAUUGAUAAAGAUUUAAUUAUAAAUCCUAGCCAUGAAGCAGAAUGCAAAAAUGAUGCUUCCGAUGUGCAAAUGGUUGAGGAAAAGCAUGAAGUCAAUGAUUCUCUUGCACACUAUGAAGUCUGUAGCAAACUACUUGAUGAAAAAGAAAAAUUCAAUCUCAACUUUGAAACUGGAUGCAGAGAUGAUGCUCCUGAUGCGGAAAUGGAAGAUAUAAAAAAUGUAGAUAAUGCUAUGUUACUUGAAGAAGAGGUAAAAUUUAAGCCAAGGUCUGAAACAGAAUGUAGAAAUGAUGCUUCUGAUACAGAAAUAAUUGAAGUAAGACACAAAUAUAAUGAAACACUAUUUGAUGAAGAUAAAACAUAUAAUCAUGACGUUGAAAGAGAAUGCAGAAAUGAUGCUUCUGACAAGGAAAUUCUUGAUCUAAAACGCAAUAUCAAUCAUAUACUGCUUAAUGAAGAUGAACAUUAUAAUUCAAGUCUUAAAACAGAAGGCAGAUUCAUAAAUGAUCGUUGUAAUGCAGAAACAGUUGAGGUAAAACAUGACGUCAAUGAUAUACCAUUUGAUGGAGAUGAAAAAUAUAAUCCUGGCUCUGAAACAGAAUGCAGAAAUGAUACGUACGAUGUGGAAAUGGUUGAGGUAAACCAGGAAGUCAAUAAUAUACCACUUGAUGAAGAUGAAAAAUAUAAUCCCGGCCCUGACACAGAAUUCGGAAAUUAUAGUUGUAAUGCGGAAAUGGUUGCGGUAAAACAUGACGUCGAUGAUAUACCAUUUGAUGGAGAUGAGAAAUAUAAUUCCGGCCCUGACACAGAAUUCAGAAAUUAUAGUUGUAAUGCGGAAAUGGUUGCGGUAAAACAUGACAUCAAUGAUAUACCAUUUGAUGGAGAUGAAAUAUAUAAUCCCGGCCCUGACAAAGAAUGCAGAAAUGAUACAUACAAUGCGGAAAAGGUUGUGGUAAACCAGGAAGUUAAUGAUAUACCUCUUGAUGAAGAUGUUAAUUACAAAUUAAACUUAGAUCCUAGCAAACUAGAAAAUGACACACACUCUUAUAAGGAGAUAUUGCAUUCAAAAUUUCCCUCUCUUACGGAGUUAUUUUCCAAUGAGAGCACCUUGUCAACUAUAAGAACAAACAGCCAAGAUACUGAUACAAAUUCUAAGGGGCAUCAAAUAAAUGAAAACAAAUACCAUCAAGAAUAUCCAUUCAGUGGUUUUAGAGAUUCGCCAUCUCCCAUUCAAAAAGUGACCUCAACAGCUUUUUCAAUGCAAAGCCAUAAUUUGAUAAAUGACACUGAACAACCUGUGGAGUUUUCAUUUACUGAGUCAUCCUGCCGAGAACCUGCUGCACUAAAAAAAACAAAUCUGAAUGCUGUUUUAACAGCACCUAAAACCAGAGAAGAUAAUUUAGAAGUAAAAAAGAAUUCUCAAAACCUACACAGUGAAAACAAUAAUCUAUUAGUUUAUAUGCCUGGCACAUUCUUAAAUCAACAAAAUCAACAAACAGUAAAGGAGGAAAUCUAUAAGAAUAAAAAAGAUUUUCCUUUGAAGCUGACUAAGGAAAUGCUAGGGUGUAAUCCGGAUGUCGUACGUUUGAUACCAACAGAGAAGACAACACUAAAUGAUGAAUGCAGCCUAACAAUGAACUUGUGCAGGCCACAAACUGCAACUCCAGGCUUCGAACAAGAAAAACAAUCAGACUCUGCUAAUAACUCUAAUGUGACUUGCGAAAAACCUCAAAAUACCCCUCUAUCAUUUAGUGAAUUAAAAAGAUUAUACUCAAACAUUCCGCAAAGCUUUUUCCAUCCCACAAAAAAGUUGUCGGCUGUUGAAGAAAAACAUGAGAAAAAUGCACCAGAAGACAAUUAUGUCUUCACUCCAGAUGGUAAAUUGCCCUUGGUCACAAAGAGCUGCGAAAAUAUCCAUGAUGGGAUCUCAAUCCAGAGGCCCAAACUAAAAAACAAAACACAAAGCAUGUUGUGCUUAUUAACAGAGUAUUAUUCAUCAACACUUCACAGCUCUGAAAAUGGGCCAAUUGAAGAAGUGUCCAGAGGAAGCUUUAUUCGCAUACCCAAGGGUCUUCAGGAUAUAGGAGAAGCCGUGAGGUUUCAUCUGACAUUAGGAAACUGUUUAGAGUUGCUCAAGUUAGCAAGAAAAAACAGUGUACCCGAACUUCUGAAAGCAGUUUAUACUGUAAUUAGUGAUAACUAUCUUCAUGUGCUAAAGAACUCUGCCAUUUAUGGCCAACUUAGUGGCUCGGACAGGGAAAGGAUCCUGCAGUUACGUAUGAGGGGGAAGCCUUCUCUUUGUGUUGUUGAAAUAAAGAGUAUCUUUGGUUGGAAUAAAACUGGUCAGAGCAUUGAAGAGACUGAUACAAUUCAAUCAAAAACUCAAAUGUACACACUGGAUAUGGAACUAAAUCAAUGGGACACUAUAACCAGUAUUCCAGAAGAAGCAUGUCUUAAAGGGUGCAGCAUCUGUUCAAUGCACAACUACCUGUUCAUUGCAGGAGGCAUUCAAAAUUCAAGUGGAGUUUCAAUCUGUUCAGACAAAUUAUUUUGUUAUAACCCUCUUACAGGCAUCUGGAGCCAACUCACAUCAAUGAACCAAGCACGGUCUCAGCUGAAACUAAUUCCAGUUGAUGGUCACCUUUAUGCUAUUGGUGGACAGUGCUUACAAACAGUGGAAAGGUAUGAUCCUAGGUUGAACAAAUGGACAUUCAGGUCCCCACUUCCCAAAGGUUCCUUUGCAGUGGCCCAUGAAGCUACAGAAUGUGGAGGAGAAAUCUAUAUUUCGGGAGGUCAUUUAUUUUAUCGCCUUCUAAAGUACAGCCCCAAUAACGACAACUGGGAAGAAUGUCCUUUUAAUGCCAGCAGGGGACGAUCUUGUGAUAUGGUGGCUGUUAAGAAUCACCUUUAUAGAUUUGACAUGCAAAGAGACUCAACAGUUAACAUCUUCAAAUACAAUACUACAGCAAAGAUCUGGACAGAAUAUUCAGCAAUCUUUCCAGCGAGUAAGAUGCCUUUCAGAUGUGUAGUACUGAAUAAUACAAUCUACUGUCUAAAUAGAGAGACAACUACACAGUUUGCAGAUGGAGAUGGCAAAGCGGUGUUUGAGCCAGUUGUCUUAAGUAAUUUCCCCACCAGAGGCCUAGUGGGAACUCCUUACCCUAUUGUGUUAAGUCUGCCUGGACCAAUAUCACAGACAUCAGUGUAACAUGUUGUUCCUAACAGCAGGUAUACAAAUAUAUUGUGCACCACAUAUAUACAUAUACUCUAGGGGAUAUUUGCACCAGAGAAGUGCAUUCUGUGCUAUUUAUGAAAUAUUUUAAAACCAGUGCAGUAUUAAGGUGAACCUGCCAUGAGAGGUUCAUUUUUCUCACUCCUAUUUACGUAUAUCUUAAAAAUAAAUAAUAUAUUAUGAUACACUGGUUUUUGGGUUUUACACUAGUAGUACCACCGACACCAGGUUCCUCCUACCUUCCAUGACCAGCAAUCUGUUGGAAAGCAGAACACCACUUCACAAAAAAGUGCCUCUUUAAUACUCACACACAGGCUUUAUUGUCAAUGCAUAGACGUAUGAACAUAAUGACGUCUGUCAUUCCAUUCACAUGUUCCUCUGACAAAGCACAAGACAAAGUGGUUUUCCUUGUGAGUCAAUCCUUGCAAACACACUAUGUAGAUAACUGAAUGACUAGUGAGGGAAGGUGACAAUUAAAAGAACACUACAGACACCAUAAAUACCAGAAUUCUCUACAGUGGUUAUGUUGCCAGGAGUGCCCUGGCUUCCCCCCUUUUAAUGGAAGCUCCGACUUAGGAGCUUCUGGCAUCUCCAGAGCAAAUGGUGAGGUAAGUAGAGGUGCGCAGGGGAUCCCAGGUAAGAAAUCAAACUACACAGUGCAAACUGAAGUGGUCAUGUUGCUCAGAGUGUUUUAUUAAGAUUGUAUUUUAUUUAAUCUAAAGAUUUACUAGCAUUUCUGAUUGCACAGUGUAUAGAUAAAACGGUGUAUGGC